UUCGCGCGAGUUGCCUGCUGUCGAGCUGCAGAGCUUUAGCUGUAUGCUAGGUAGUGAGGGCUGGAUUAGGGGGGACUAUUCCUUUCGGAAUAUAUCAGGAAAGCAGCUAAGGCGGAAUUCAAACGUGAGCACAUGGCGAAGCAAAGUUCACUCUUCAACUUUUUCACCAAGUCUCCACCACCGGUCUCUAAGGCAAAGCCGACGCCUUCCCCGGCCGAGGCGGACUCCGUGGAGAAGUCCAACUCUUCUCCUAAAGAAGAAGCCAGACAGACUCAGAACCAGCAGCAGCAGCAGCCGAGCAGAAACAGCAAAGUGAAACAGAACAGUGGCUCCAAGUCGGUAAGCGGAGGAUUCAAGAAACUGUUCGGAGACAAGGCCGCUAAACCGGAGGAGAGCCUAAAAUGCCCGUUUGCUGCUGGAGCCCUAGUGUGGGCCAAACUGGAAGGACACCCCUGGUGGCCGUGCAUGGUGGUUCCUCAACCCCUGACUGGCCAGCAAAUGAGGGGCCGGGGUCGAGCUCAGCGCAUACACGUUCAUUUCUUUGAUGAACCUCCAACCAGAGGAUGGGUUAGCACCAAAUACAUUCGAGAGUACCAAGGGUCCGACAGCAGCGACGUUAAACCUGGGGGGGUGUUCUUCAGUAGCAAGCCUGUGAUUCGUCGCGCCAUGGAGCUCGCUGAUCAAUUUAUGUUCGACAGUCCUGAAAAAAGAUUGAAGAUGCCGCUCUGCACAGAUCCGUCUGAUGAGGAAGAGGAUGAAGAAGAAAUGGAGCUUGACAAGUCAACAGUAACUGAUGAAGAGGUCAGUGACACAGAAGAACAGAAAAGCGAGGAAGUGAAGACACCCAAAGUGCGCCGGGAUUUGUCACGUGCUUCCAAAGAGCAAUCAAGCACAGCCAAGCGCCGGCGCAUUGUUGUGGCCUCAGACAGCGACGGAUCAGACGAAGAGUUCAAACCAGAGCAUGCUGCAUCUAGCAGCGAGGAAGAGGAGGAAGAGGCCACCGUGAGUAGUGAAGAGGAGAGGAGGAGCAGUCAGGAGUCCGAACCAGACAGCCCCAUUAAGCCCGUGAAGCGCAAACGUCCUGCAGAGAAGUCCGUCAGUAAGAAAGCAAAGGCGCCUGCUACACCCUCUGCUGCUCCUAAACGAGCUCCGACUGCGAUCACGGCGGACACCAAGUCCCGCUUGUCAGCCUUCUCAGCUCCUGACAGCUUUGAGAGCCAGACUAAUGGAUCGGGGGCCACAGGAGGCGCAACAGUCUGGGAUCACGAGAAGCUGGAGUGGCUGCAGGAUGGUAAAAGGAAAGAUGGUAAAAGACGUCGUCAGAGUGAGGAGGACUAUGAUCCCACCACCCUGUAUGUGCCUGAAGACUUUCUAAACAGAAACACUCCUGGUAUGCGUCGCUGGUGGCAGCUAAAAUCGGGGAUGUUUGACACUGUGAUUUUCUACAAGGUGGGGAAGUUUUAUGAGCUGUACCACAUGGAUGCGGUGAUCGGAGUCAACGAGCUGGGUCUGACGUUCAUGAAAGGAACCUGGGCGCACUCUGGCUUCCCGGAAAUUGGCUUUGCACGUUUCUCCGACGUGUUGGUGCAGAAAGGCUAUAAGGUGGCCCGCGUGGAGCAGACGGAGACCCCUGAGAUGAUGGAGGCACGCUGCAAAACUAUGGCCAAGCCCACCAAAUAUGACCGUGUGGUCAGAAGAGAAGUGUGCCGGAUUAUCACACGGGGAACCCAGACCUACAGCGUGUUGGACGGCGCUCCAUCGGAGAGCCAGAGCAAGUUCCUUUUGAGUUUGAAGGAAAAGGCCGAAGAUGAGAGCUCUGGUCGACAUCGCACCUAUGGCGUUUGCUUUGCAGACACGUCAGUGGGAUAUUUCCAUAUCGGUCAGUUUGCAGACGAUCGCCACUGUUCCCGGCUGCGCACCUUGAUCGCACACUUUCCUCCUGCUGAAGUUCUCUUUGAAAAGGGCAACCUGUCUGCGGAAACCCGCAAAAUACUCAAGGCAUCUCUGUCCUCUGCUCUGCAGGAAGGACUGAAUGCAGGAACCCAGUUUUGGGACGCUCAGAAGACUCUUAAAAACCUCUCUGAGGAGAAUUAUUUCGACGAGGUAGCUGGAGAAGAAUCCAAAUGUUUCCUCCCUGCGCUUCUGAAGAGGAUGACCUCAGAGAGCGACUCCCUGUGCCUAACGCCUAAGGAAGGUUAUGAGUUGGCACUUUCUGCUCUAGGCGGCUGCAUCUUCUACCUGAAGAAAUGUCUGGUAGACAAAGAGUUGCUCUCCAUGGCAAACUUUGAAGAAUACGUCCCUGUUGACGUUGAAUUGGAGAAAGCUGCUGGACCUGCCAGUUUUUUCUCCCAGACCCGUCAGCGUAUGGUCCUGGAUGGAGUCACCCUGGCAAACUUGGAAAUCUUCCAGAACGGUUCAGGAGGAACAGAAGGGACACUGUUGGAGCGUUUGGACACUUGUUCCACUCCGUUUGGUAAGAGGCUGCUGAAACAGUGGCUCUGUGCUCCUCUGUGUAACCCCGCCUCCAUCAGGGACAGACUGGAUGCUGUGGAGGACCUGAUGGGAGCUCAGGCUCAGGCCACCGAGGUCUCAGAAAUGCUGAAAAAGCUUCCGGAUCUGGAGCGUCUUCUUAGUAAAAUUCACAGCAUCGGUACUCCACUGAAAGGCCAGGACCACCCUGAUUCCAGAGCGGUGCUGUACGAGGAGGUCACCUACAGCAAGCGCAAGAUAGCCGACUUCCUUUCGGCACUGGAAGGUUUCAAAACCAUGCAAGAGAUCAUUUCUGCUUUCGCCCCAGUUUUAGGUGACUUCCGCUCCACCCUGCUUCAUCAGAUUAUCAGUGUGAAGACGGAAGAGAACGGGCUCUUCCCUGAUCUCUCAGCAGAGCUGAAGCGCUGGGAAACUGCCUUUGACCACCAGAAGGCUCGUACAACAGGUGUCAUAACCCCUAAAGCUGGCUUUGACCCUGAAUAUGACCAAGCUCUCACAGGAAUCAAAAACUGCGAGCGGGACCUUCAGGACUACCUGGAGAGGCAGAAGAAGAGGCUGGGCUGUAAGAACAUGGCCUACUGGGGGACCGGGCGGAACCGCUUCCAGAUGGAGGUUCCCGACAGCGUUUCAGAGAGAAACAUCCCAGAGGAGUACGAGGUGAAGUCCACAAAGAAAGGCUGGAAGCGUUACGUGACGAAGGAAAGCGAGCGGCUCUUCUCAGAGCUGCAGGGGUUUGAGGAGAAGAGAGAUGCUGCCCUGAAGGACUGCAUGAGGAGGCUCUUCUACAACUUUGACAAGAACUACAAAGACUGGAAGACUGGAGUGGAGUGCAUGGCAGUGCUGGAUGUGCUGCUGGCUUUAUCCCGCUACAGUCUGGGAGGAGAUGGGCCCAUGACCAGACCCCAGGUGGUGCUUCCAGAGGAGGACGGCCGCAGCGCACCUUUCAUCAACCUAACCGGAUCUCGUCAUCCAUGUGUGACAAAGACUUUUUUCGGGGAUGACUUCAUUCCUAACGACAUCUUCAUCGGCUGCCCUGGGAAUGGUGACAGUGAUGGGCUGGAAGGUUGCGCCUCAUGUGUCCUGGUUACGGGUCCAAACAUGGGUGGAAAGUCGACUCUCAUGCGACAGUGUGGACUUGUGAUAAUUCUAGCUCAGCUCGGAUGCUAUGUUCCAGCUGAAAGCCUCUGUUUUACUCCAGUCGAUCGGGUUUUCACUCGACUGGGAGCCUCGGAUCGGAUCAUGGCUGGUGAGAGCACCUUCUAUGUGGAGCUCAGUGAGACAGCCAGCAUAUUGCACCAUGCCACUAAGCAUUCAUUGGUGCUCCUUGAUGAACUAGGAAGGGGCACAGCCACAUAUGAUGGCACAGCAAUCGCCAGCGCUGUUGUGAAGGAGCUUGCUGAGAAGAUCUGCUGCCGUACGCUCUUCUCCACACAUUACCACUCCCUGGUGGAGGACUAUGCAAACAAUCCUGCUGUGCGACUGGGCCACAUGGCAUGCAUGGUGGAGAAUGAAUGCGAGGAUCCGAGUCAGGAAACAAUUACAUUCCUCUACAAGUUUAUCAGCGGCGCUUGUCCAAAGAGUUAUGGGUUCAACGCUGCUCGACUCGCCAACCUGCCAGAAGAGGUCAUCCAGUCUGGGCACAGGAAGGCCAGAGAGUUUGAGAAAAGCACCAUCAGCCUCAGACUCUUCAGAAAACUCUGUCAGUUCGCUGAAGACGCUUCUCAGGACAAAACACGCUUCGGUUCACUUCUUCAACUGCUCAACACCCUGUAGUUAUCUUGGAAUUCUUACUGUUGCUGAUUUUCUGUUCUUUUCAGUGCUUGG